UCGUCGUCGUUAUCCACUGCCGUUGUUACAUUAGUUAUGUUAAAAUCGAUAUUUCCAUUCAAAAUUCUCUUAAAUCUUGUUACAUUAUGCAAACGUCUUUUUAACCGUAAUAUUGUACGUUUGGUACACGGACCUUUUGGGUUAAGUGACGAUGACAACGACAACGUCGACGUCUUCUAUGGCAACUACAACUACAACGACGAUGAUAAUGAUGAUGACGAUGAUGAUGAUUGUGGUGAUGAUGAUGAUGAUAAUAAUAAUACGACCGAUAUUCUUUACGGAUAUUCGUCGUUUCGAACGAACGAACGUGAUGUAACCUUUCGUCGAGGAUCUGCUAUGUAAAUCAUGUAGGCGCGCGCGCGCGCGCGCAUGAGGAGGAAGAGGAGAAAAAGAGAAAGAGAGAUAGAGAUAAAAAAAAAAGAGAGCGCGAACAAGCAUGGUAGUCUACUUAGGUUAGGAAUGAUGGCGCGACGGAGUGGUUAGGAUGCGCGCGCGCCGACUCGAAGUCGACGUCGACUAGCGACGACGAUAAUGACGACGACGACGAGGACGACGACGACGAUGACCAACGGAUUCGAAGUAUGGAAAUCCAGGUGGCAUGGAUGCUGGAGGGGCCGACUUUGACUCCGGUCAACAAGGUCAGCAAAAUGAGCAAGAGCUGGCGACGAAAAUGUUGCAAAUUCAAAGCAAACGAUUCUACCUUGACGUGAAGCAAAAUAGACGCGGAAGAUUUAUCAAAGUCGCCGAGAUCGGAGCAGACGGAAGAAGAAGCCAAAUUUAUUUAGCACUGAGCACAGCAUUUGAAUUUCGGAAUCACCUGUCAACGUUUAGCGACUAUUAUGCAUCCUUAGGUCCACCGAAUCCGGAAAAUGUGCCGGAUGAUGGAAAACUCAAAUCAGAAAUGAUGGUCAAGGAUAACAGGCGGUAUUACCUGGAUCUCAAGGAGAACUCUCGUGGUCGUUUCCUGCGGGUGAGUCACCCUGUGUCACAAACGAUAACACGAGGAGGACCUAGGACGCAGAUCGCGAUACCUGCGCAAGGUAUGAUCGAGUUCCGUGAUGCGUUGACGGAUCUUUUAGAAGAAUUUGGUUCCGACGAUGGAGGUUUUAAAGGUGAUCUACCCGAUGGUCGCUAUAUGCGCGUUGAAGGGAAGAAUUUUUAUUUUGAUAUAGGUCAAAAUAAUCGUGGCAUCUACAUGAGAAUUUCCGAGGUGAAAACGAACUUUCGAACAGCCAUUACCGUUCCGGAAAAGUCUUGGGCGCGUUUCCGUGAUAUAUUUGCGGAUUACUGCGAGAAAAUGCAAGAAGGUGGUGGAGCAGGUGUUGGCGUUGGUGGUAUGAGCGGUGGCAGCGGUGGCAGCGGUGGAAAUGUUCUUUCAGAUGGGAAGGGCUCGGUAGUGGCACAGGUGUCCCAGUCGAAGAGACCUAACAGCAACAACAACAACAACAGCAGCAGCAACAACAACAACAACAACAACAACAACAAAAGCAAAAUCGAGAAACGUCAAAGCGAACAACAUCAGCGUGAAAGUUUGAAAAGACGAAAAUCCUUACCCCAACACGGAGAAACAUCCACCGUCAAUCCUACAAAAUCCAUGUCAGCAUCUGUUUCACAAUUAACGACAACAACAACAACAUCAACAACAACAACAACAAUUCCUGCUACAACGGUCCCAUCCAUCAUCAUCGAUCCAUCUCCUUCCAAUGUAAACACGUCGAUAAUUGCCGCUACGAUCGUUGGACAAAAGAGCAACAACGUAAACGAAGGAAAUAUUUCUACUAAUUCGGCUACUAAAACGACUUGCGAUAUGCAAAUAUUACAAUUCGAACCAAUUGAAAUUUAAAUUUCCCGCGUCGAAACACUCGAUCCUCCAUUUCCUGACUCGAUGUUCGUUCAUUAUCCAGCCGUGUGCGGCGCGCCUGUUGCUGUUCGGCUGAUGGCCGCCAUAUUACCGCGCGCAUGCGCUUUAUCGUCUUUUCUCUAAGCACGCUCGCGCGCGCCCGCGCGUUGUUUAAUCGUUCCCUACAUAUUGUGUGCGUUUUUUGUUUUCUCAUUGAAAAAAUAUUUCUCAGCUUUUCCGAAUGUUCUGAAAAAAAAAGGAGGUCAUUCUUUUUCGAUAAUAACACGAGGAUUAUAUUAUCCACGGUUUUUCUGUUUUAUUACAUUAAUUAAUUCAUUCAUUCAUUAAUUUAAAAAAAGAAAAAAAAAAUGGAAAAAAAGAUAGGUCGAGUUAAAUAUCGUUCGAGUUAAUUCCUCAAAGUUUUUUCUUAAUUGAUUAUGCGUAAGAAUUUAAUAUAUACACAUAUAUAUAUAUAUAUAUAUAUAUAUAUAUAUAUAUAUAUAUAUUUUGUUUCUCACGCUUUCUCUUUCGUUCACUUUUUACGAUAAUAAAAAACUUUUUACAUGGAUAUCUUCGGUUUCUUUAGAUGUAUUAUUUUGUUACUUGAAGAUCGAUGUACGAAUAUUAAAAGAAUUAAUUUAGGACGUUGUGACAAAUAUUGAAUAUCAACGACGAGUGAAGAAUAAAAAUUUUAAGAGCUGUU